GUUUAGUAGUAACCUUUCGUUUCUUGUAACCUCAGAAGUGAUGAAAAUUUUUCUCACAAUGAAAAGAAGCAGAGCAAGCACGCCCAACGCCGCGGCGAUGGGUCCCUCCAUACUCUCCAUCCCACACUUCAUUCUAAUGGAGAUUCUGAGCAAACUGCCCAUGACGACAAUCUGCAAUUGCAGGUGCGUAUGUUCAUAUUUCCGCAACUUGAUCUCAGACCCUCAAUUUGCUCAACUCCACCUCUCCAGAUCACAGCCCACCCUCUUGCUUCGUUCCUACUAUAUGAGGGAAUCUUCCCUGUGCUUAGUAGAAUCAAUUGAUCCCUGCGUUGUGGAUAGUGGCAUAAACGGCGAUAUUCGUGUACCCGAUAAAGCCCUUUUGAAGUUCAAACCUAAUUGUGAUUUACCCAUUAAAGGAUUAGAGGUUUUGAGUUCUUGCAAUGGCAUAAUUUGCCUCUACAAGCCUAGGAGUUAUGACCCAUAUGUUAUAUGCAAUCCUGUUGUUGACGAGUAUGUGAUUGUGCCCCAAGUAGAAAAGGGUUCUAUAUGCGGUUCUGGGUUUGGAUUCUGCUCAGGGACUAAUCGAUACAAAGUGUUGCGGUUCUUAUCUUUGAGUGUAGGGUUUGGGUCAUCGGGACUAAUCAAGUUGGAGGCUGAAAUCAACACCGUAGGGACUAAUUUGUGGAGGAGAGUUGGAGAUGCUCCGCUUUAUCUGCAUUUGUAUUCUGGCGGUUGCUUUUUGAAUGGGGCUCUUCAUUGGAUUGUCCACGACACCGAAAAUUGUUACGAAUCGAUGUGUUGUUUCAACUUUGGGAAGGAGCGAUUCCAGCCAUUUCCGGGGCCAUCUCAAUUUCGUGGACUUCCUGGACAGCUUCGGGUGGAAAUGAUGAAAAUGGUGGUGUUGAAGGAUGGUCUGUCAGUAUCUCAUCGUCCUGCUAAUGAUAUGCUUGAAAUAUGGGUGAUGAAGGAUUAUGCGGUGCAGGACUCUUGGACAAAAGAUUUUGUCAUUGAAAUCCCAUUUUUAGAUCUUUACCCUGGCCUUCUUUAUCAACCGUUAAUGGUUCUGAACAACGGGGAAAUCUUCAUGGUAUUUGCCUCCGUUCUGUUUUCUUGUAAUAUGAGGGACGGAAGUAUCAGAAAGGUCAGGGUCAGCAGAAUUUCAUCUGUCAUUAUUGGAGCAACGACAUACAUUCCAAGCUUUAUUUCACUAAAGAAUGCUGGCACAGGGAGAUACCCUUAAGUUAAGAACUUAGAUGCGCGGAAAGUUUAAAAGGCCGUUAAUCGAAGAUUCGAAGUAUUACUGUUUGGUCAGGGGAAAGGGGUGCCUAACACCUGCCCUUUUCGUACUUUAGCUCCCAAAUCUCGACCCCUCUUUGUUUUCGUAGUGUUUCUAAAAACUAAGUGGCGACUCCAAAACUGAAGCGUGCCGCAAUGGGCACUUCAUCGAUUCCAACGACACGCCGCAACGGGUGUCAAGGCGCGACGUUGGGUUGAACAAUCUUGUAGCUAGAAUGCCAACUCCCACAGUGACUCGAAAGAGGCCCCACGUCCACCGGGAGGGUAUCCACAGAAAUGAAUUGCGUUCAGAUGACACUCUCCACUUUCCAGCUUCUUGGUUUGGAAUCUUCAUUUCUCUAUUUUCCUGGAGAGAAAUGUUGUUCAAUGAAGGGCUUUUCUUUCUUGUUUAGUGAAGUUUAGCUCGCUUUUCAUUUUGAUAGGAAUAGGUGCUUCCUGUGGCAGGGCACUCUUCAUGCGAAACUAAUGAAUGUCGAACUAUUGGUCAGAUUGUGUUUGUGAAUAUUACUAUGAAGAAAGAUCCCCUCAGAAUUGUGUUAUUAUUA